AUGGGCCGCUCAAAACGUUUCGACGCGCUGUUGUCGACGACGUGCGCGUCCGGCGGCACGGCGCGGCAAACGUUGCGUGUGGGGCGAGUGUGCGGCCGUAGCGCGGCGUCGACGCGACGACAGAACAGUGCCCGCGCGUUUUUUCGUUUUCGAAUCUGGGUGGUACAAUUAGCCGAGAAGGAAAACAGAAGUGAGAUCGAGAGACCGCUCGAGCAAAAACGGCAUUCGCGAAUAAAAGAAACCUACCGCGUUCAGAAAAACCCGAGCACUGGUGUAAACAAACAGCUUAUAAAAGUGCACGUGUGGAGCGUCGCACUGUGCGGUCGUGAAACUUGGGUGCUGAACAAUGCGGAACAAAUGUUCCUCGAAUGUUUCGGGAUGCGGCGCCGGAGAACAAGUGUUGCGAGCGAGCUGGACAGUGAGAAAAACAGACGAAAGAGUACCGCGGCGAAAUCGAUGAAACUGGGAAAUUUACUUGACACUAUCGAAGAAAAAAAACGGAAUAUGAUGGGCCGUGUUCUCAGACACGGAGACGAGCUUCUACAUAUACUAUAA